GCGGAGGCUCCGCCCCCGCGCCCUGCCGCGCGCGCGCGCGCCCGCCGGGUCGCUGUGGUGAUGGCGCCGCGCGGCCCCGCCCCGGCAGAAGGCGGGAGGGAGCGCGCGCGCCAGCGUGGCCGCCGGGCCAGUUGAUUCUUCAGAGGGCUGAUCUCAAAGUGUAACUUCAAGAAGCUUUACGAAUAGUGUAAGAAAAUGUCACAUAAAAGCUCUAAAGAAGUCAAGAAAAUAAACGUUUCUAGCUCUUUGGAGUCUGAAGAUAUUAGCUUAGAAACCACAGUACCAACUGAUGAUGUUUCUUCCUCUGAAGAAAGAGAGGGUACUGUUAAAAUCACUAAGCAGCUGAUUGAACGGAAGGAGUUGCUACAUAAUCUUCAGCUGCUUAAAAUAGAACUAUCCCAGAAAAACUUGAUGAUUGACAACUUGAAAGUAGAGUAUUUGACCAAGAUUGAAGAGCUAGAAGAGAAGCUUAAUGAUGCAGUCCAUCAAAAGCAGCUAUUGUCUUUACGGCUGGAUAGUCAGCUGACAUUACAGCAAGAAGAUGCUAGAAAACAUCAGGCUCUAAUGAAACAAGAAAUGGAAACUAUUUUACUGAGACAGAAACAACUGGAGGAAACGAAUCAUCAGUUAAGGGAGAGGGCUGGAGAUAUCCGUCGUAGCUUACGAGAUUUGGAAUUAACAGAUGAUUGCUAUGAGAAGCUAAAGUCUCUUCCUGAAGAUCAGCUUUCUAUCCCUGAAUAUGUUUCUAUCCGAUUCUAUGAAGUAGUCCAUUCCUUAAGAAAAGACCUAAGCGAUCUACAGAUGAAAAAGGAGAGCUUAACAGAAGAACUGAGUGGGUGCAAAUCCCAGCUGAAGUGUCUGACAGAGAGCUAUGAGGACGAGAGGAGGAAUCGAUCAGAGCUUGAGGUUAGAUGCCAGCGUUUAACACUGGAACUGGCUGAUACCAAGCAGAUGAUUCAGCAAGGUGAUUACAGACGAGAGAACUAUGAUAAAGUAAAAUGUGAACGGGAUGCAUUUGAACAUGACCUGUCAGAACUCAGAAGAAAAUAUGAAAUAUUAGACGUCUCACACAAAGCACAAGCUAAAGAAAGAAACGACUUAUCAAAAGAGUUGGCAACUAUACAACAGUCCCUCAACUUGUUGCAAAAAGAUAAAGAUUAUCUUAAUCGCCAGAACAUGGAGCUUAGUGUUCGCUGUGCACAUGAAGAUGAUCGCCUUGAAAGACUUCAGAUUCAGCUAGAGGAUGCCAAAAAAGCUAGGGAAGAAAUGUAUGAAAAAUAUGUUGCAUCCAGAGACCACUAUAAAUCCGAAUAUGAAAAGAGACUGCAUGAAGAGUUGGAGCAGCUAAGGUUGAAAACAAAUCAAGAAAUUGAGCAACUAAGAAGCACUUCAAAAGAGAUGUAUGAACGUGAAAACAGAAAUUUGAGAGAAGCAAGAGAUAAUGCUGUCGCUGAAAAAGAGAGAGCAGUUAUUGCUGAAAAGGAUGCUUUAAGAAAAUAUGAUCAACUCUUAGAACAAUAUCGACAAAUGCAGCUUGGCACAGAAAGCAAAGUAGCUGAACUUCUUCACCAAAGUAAGUUGAAGUCCUUUGAAAGUGAACACGUUCAACUCCUGCAACAAGAAACAGCUAAGAAUCUUUCACAGUGCCAAAUGGAAUGUGAGAAAUAUCAGAGAAAGUUGGAGGUGCUUACUAAGGAAUUUUAUAGUCUUCAGUCUUCUAGUGAAACACGUGUUAUUGAACUUCAAACACAGAAUUCUGAGUUACAAGCAAGGCUAAAUACUUACGAAAAACUUGAAAAAGAGCUUGAUGAGAUUAUAUUGCAGACAGCAGAAAUGGAAAAUGAAGUUGAAGCUGAAAGGGUUCUCUUCUCAUAUGGGUAUGGUGCUAAUGUACCUACAACAGCCAAAAGACGACUAAAGCAAAGUGUUCAUUUGGCAAGGAGGUUGCUGCAGCUAGAAAAGCAAAACUCAUUGCUUGUAAAAGAUCUGGAACAUCAGAAGGAACAAGUAACACAGAUUUCACAAGAGCUUGAUAGAGCAAAUUCUUUAUUGAGUCAAGUGCAACAGCCAUACAAAUACCUCAUUGAGACUGUGCAGCAGAGAGAUUCUCAAAUAAGUCUACAGAAAGAACGUAUUGCACAACUUGAAAAAGAUAUCAGUCUUUUAAAUAAAGAAAAGACAGCUUUGCUGCGUGUCAAGAAUCAAAUGGCAGCAGAUUUGGAGAGACUUCUAAAUCACCGUGAGAAACACAGGUGAUCGUAUCUCUCAGUUGCUAAAUUCUCUCUGAUGGCUCCGUUUCACAGAAUCACAGAGUGAUCGGGAUUGGAAGGGACCCCUGGAGAUCAUCCAGUCCAAUCCCCCCGCUAAAGCAGGGUCACCUUGCUUUCUUUUCUUAUGUGUACAACAGACGCACCUUGCAAAGUGUUUAGCAUUUUCAGGCAUUUAACGAAUAUUCAGCUAAAGGUCAUGAAAUCUAUACACAUGUAAUCUGCAGGCCUCCAUGUGCCACACUUUGCCUCAAGAUCUCCCCCUGUUUCCAGGUCAUUAAGACCAAAAGUCUCAAAUGUAUUGCGCAGUUCAUUUCCAGUACACACAUCUGAGUGUCUCUCCAACUCCAGAAAAGGAUGUAGGGAGGGGAAACAGGAUGAUAGUCUCACAGGCUUCAUCCAGACAAGAGUCAAGGUACUUGUUUAUGCACUUACCUGAGUUUCAUCUAAGCCAAGGAGUCAAGAGUGCUGCUGGAAUACACUGUUAGAUCUAAAAGUAUGCAAAAUCUUGCCAUUUAGAUACAAAUGCUCUAUAUGGGAAAUCCUGAAAGGCUUCCGUCAAGGCUUCUCUCUAAACAAUCUUAAGGGACUUAACAUGUCAUGAAGUAUGAGAGAAAAUCUGUCUGCAGAUUAGAGGUCUGAAACAAAGAACAGAAUUAAAUUAAGUUUACCAAAGGAGUCCCAUACACAAAUGAUCUGAAAAAGGGUGGAUUUUAAUAUGGAAAGUUACAGAAUACUGAAGAUAUAAAACCAAAAGCUGACCAUGAGCAGGUUUUAAAUGAUCUCCCAGAGUUGCUGAACGGCAAUAGGACCUAAAUAGCCAGUUACCUGUUCAGAAAGAUCAUCAUAGAGUCAUUUUAUCGGUAGUUCUCUGAAAAUACCCUUUCAAUUCUCUGACUUGGAAGAGAGAAGAUGGGGAGGUUGCUUUCAAGGAAUGUACAAAUGCCCUAAAUGCCCUGAGAGUGCAUUAUCACUCAUCCUAAUACCGUUAUUUUCAUAGGAAACUGACUAUCCAUGCACCUCUCUGACUCCACCUCCAAAGCUCUUCUCCUCCAUUUCCUUUCCCUGCUGUUCCUCCAAAUACCCUUCUUAGAUCAAUAAACCAAAGCCCAUGAAUUGGUCAUGAAUUUGUCCAAACCAAAUGAAAAUUAUUUUACUGACAGCUGAGUCUAAGUAGGACCCGACUUUAAUGAAAAUUGUACUAAUUCUGCUUCCUUGGUGCAGAUCCCAAAUAUGAAAGUCACCUUAAAAGUAAAAAGACAACAAGUUCUUAAGUUGUUAACUUUCUAUGCUGAAUUCUUUCUAUGCUGAAUUCUUUCUAUGCAUGUUUCCCUGAUGCAAUUUCCUCCUAACACAGUGUCUGCAUUUAACCCCUGAAACUGAUUGUAGCACUUGUGAAGUUCCAUGCUUAGAGAUGAAAAUAGUCUAAUCACAGAAGAGAGUAAUUGAACAUGCUUCCCAAAACUGCAGGUGUCAUUGACCUGGCGGGAUAAUCUGGAGGUGCAUCAGAAGUGAUCAUUCAAUAGCUCUUAUUUCUGGUUUCUGUAUCUACAUCCUAUAUUUAAAUUUCAAAUUCAAGCCUGAGAUGAAGGCAAAUGUUCAGUUUGUUUUAUAUUGGGGGUUUAUUCUUCUUUCAGGUGCUAGUGAAUUUCUUUGUUUAUAUGGAGCCCACUGGUCUCUGUUAAUAUAACAGAAAAUAUUUAAAGUAUUUCUAGGUAGUUUAUAAGCCUUAUCAUUAUGUUAAUCUAUUAUCCUAUCAUUAUAUUAGCGAUAUGAAAAAUACGCUGAGGCAACAUGACUUAAUUGUACAAACAUGCAGUGAAUUUUCUGGAUUUCCAAAAUGAUAGGCCCUUGGCAAGCUAAUUUCAAAUUAAUGUCUUUCAAAAUUUCCUGUUCCUACUCCUCCUCUCAUGAGUAGUGCUGCUACCAAGUAGUUCUGCUCUCAAAGUGGUUAUGCCUUGGGUGCCUGGUUUUAGUAGUGUUGUAUCAACCGAUGUGCAUUGCAGCUAACUAAAAUCAGUGGGAAGUGAUAUUAAAUAAAGGUAAAAUUUAAAUUUUUGUAGGAAAAUAUAAAAUUUCUGCCUUAAAACUAUGCGACAUUGUUUACAUCCCCAGAGGUUUGCUUCUUCGAUUCACUUCGUCACUUAAAAUUUGCAAACUAUGCAAGCCAGGCUAAGUGAGGCAGCCUUUACAAAAAAAAGGAAGCAAAUACUUGAGUCUGAAGCAGACUUCGUCUUGAAUGUUCCUCAUACCCUGGAUGUUAAGAAAUUGAGCAACUAUUUCCAAAAUUGUUACUAUUUUGUCAUGUUUCUUUUUAUACCUGUUAAAAAUAGGCCAUAUCAGUCAUGUUGUUUUAUCCGACAGUGAUAAUGUUUUUUCAAAUCGCCUAGGCAGGAAAGGAUGUAAAUACUGAAAAAGAAACAUUAGAAUGCAUGAUUGGGGGGAAGAAAAUUACGAAAUGCCAGUACAGAACUCAGAAAAACCCUAAGAAAUACAAAAAUGAGCUAAUGUUGUUUUAGGAAAGUGUGUGAAAGUAACAAGUAGCUUUUUUGUAUUUGUUUAUAUGUUAAACUUAUAUCAUUUCUGUUUGUUGCUACUGCAGCCUUUUAUUUUUCACUUUUAAUCCUGACGUCUUUGAGUAGUUUUGAAGUUAUGAAUUCCUCUAAAAGGCAAUUAUCUCAUAUAUAGCAAUCUUUGUACAGGAUAUGACAAUUAUUUUACAGUGAGUUAAUCUACAACUAGGUUUUUUUUGCCAUCUUAAUAAAAAGUUAAAUAUACAGUCACAUCACAAUUUCACAGUAAUAGUUAUCCAUGCUAAUAGAAAAGAACAAUCCACAUUUUCUAAUCUUGGGUUAGUAAAGACUUAACUCCAUUUAGUCAAGGUGUGUGUUUUUAAAUAAAAGCAAUGUGCAGUCUGUAAAUACAGAUUCAUGCAAUUUGAAAAAAUAUAAAUUAUGGGUUUACGUGUUCUGUACAUGCAGUCGUGUAAUAUGAUUACUAUCAGUCUCGUUUAGUCAUUGCACAUACUAAACUGUCAUGUCUUGUUUGGAAUUACCUUGUUGCCCUCAUGUUUGCAAGUAAAAGCAUUAGAAUUCUUGAAUAGAUAAACCCAAGAUAUUCAUAGUUAACAUACCUAAACUUCAUUUUAUGUGAAAAGUACAAGCAAAAUGCCAAAACAAUGUUGAUGCUGUCUACAGGGACAUGUUUCAAUAAGUAUACAGUUUUGACUUAAGGUAUUCCAGCCUGUGUGGUCUCAGACUGCAUUAACUCUUU